UCCUUUGAUCUAGUGAUCACUUCUCCCUCACAAAAAAAUGUUAGAAUGCCAAUUUCUUCACAGGAAAAUGCUUCCCAAUAAACUCAUCAGCGUCACCCUUUUCUUCUUUGCUUCAUCUCUCUUCAUUUCUUCUACCUUUUCAGCUGUUCUAUCACCAAUUACCAAAGACCAUGCAACUCGUCUAUACUCGCUCUCAGUUUACCUCAAAACCCCUCCAAACCUCACAAAUCUCCUUCUUGAUUUGGGCGCUUCUUUCAGUUGGGUUGAUUGUUCCAAUAAUAACUACAUUUCGUCUACUUACCGAAUCCUCUCCUGUGAUUCCCCUUUGUGUUCUGCUCUUGGCUCACGCGCUUGUGCUAAGUGUUUUCACUCUCCUAGCCCUGAUUGUUCUAAUAAUCCCUGUACUCUUUCUCCUUUAAAUUCUGUUACACACAAAUCGUCGACCGGAAAGGCUAUUGUUGACUCGCUUGCGUUGCCGGUCACUGACGGCCGGAAUCCGGGUCAGCUCAGGAGUUUUUCUGAGUUCCUGUUAUCUUGCUCUAAGUCGGCUUUGUUGAAAGGCCUUACGAAAGGUGUAGCCGGUUUGGCCGGUUUAGGCCGGUCCAGAUUCUCACUCACCGCACAGGUUAGCACUGCCUUUUCGUCUGAACGCACAUUUGCUCUCUGUCUAUCCGGUUCACCUUCAGCUCCUGGAGUGGCUUUUUUCGGUUCACCUGGACCGUAUUACUUCCUGCCCGAAAUUGACCUCUCAAAAACCCUCCGGUUCACUCCACUUCUCUUGAACGCAUUUCAGAGUGACUAUUUCAUUAGUUUGACUUCCAUAAAAGUCAACGGUGUCACCGUGCAACUGAACCGAAAGAUUCUAGCCGUUGAUGAACAUGGUUUCGGUGGGACCAAGCUGAGCACCGUAACUCCAUACACCUUACUACACAGUAGCAUCUACAAAGCAUUCACCGAGACAUUUGUAGAUCAAUCAACUAAGCUCAACCUCACAGUAACAAAUCCUGUGGAACCAUUUAAGGUUUGUUAUAAUGCAGAUGAGGUAAUGGAGACUAGGGUGGGACCAGCCGUGCCGACCGUGGAUCUCGUGAUGCACGGUGAUGAUGUGUUUUGGAGAAUAUUCGGAUCAAAUUCAAUGGUUAGGAUAUUUCGAGAUGGUGUUGAUGUGUGGUGUUUAGGAUUUUUGGAUGGUGGGGUUAAGAGUAAGACAUCUAUUAUAAUUGGGGGACAUCAAAUGGAGGACAAUCUAUUGCAAUUUGAUUUGAGACAACAGAGAUUAGGGUUUAGUUCAUCAGUUUUGGCAUACAACACCACAUGUUCCAAUUUCAACUUUACCACUGCUAGUAACUUGAGUUGAAAUUAACCUAAAGCAAGACACUAUACCCUGGUUUUGUUUUUAAUUAUAUAGUUUGAAUGUACUUACGAAUAUUGUAAGGUAUGCAGUCUUUGUUACUAUUAA